ACUGAUGUAGGGUUAGAAUUAGUUACUCUUCGACAUGAACUCCCAUGGCCAGAUUCCUCUCAUCGACGAGGAAAAUCCUCUUUACUGCCCAAGCUUCCCAGCUGCAGCUUAUCUCGCUACCCUCCGGCAAGCUCUUCAAUCGAAUCCUUCUCUUUUUCAAGACCUGUCCUUGCGCUCUUUUUUCUGGAAAAUUGGUCUCUGCUUCACAAAAGAAGAUCAAAACUAUACUAGCAAUGCUGUCGCUCAUAACACCCUGGAUACAUCUUCAUGGCUGAGCAGCUCAGGCGUCCAGUCGCCGAUCAUUCUCGAGCGAAAUCAGGUCUCGGAUGAUUUGCCAGAUUUACCAGUAUUGCGACGUGGAUUAGCUGGAUUGGCGUGGAGGAGAGCUUCUGCACGCCUUCCGAAGCGUCCUCGAGAUUCUGUCGAGCCUGAAGACCCCAUCUUUCUUGGAGGAACAUCAAAACGAGGUCGUUCUUCACAGUCCGUUCAUACGAGCCCUGUCGACAAUAGCAGAAUCAAACCGCUGUCUUAUACUUUGCAUCAUGAUUCACUUGCGGUAUCAUAUCAAGACAUUCCAAGGACUCUCGCAGGUGUCCCUAUUUUCCCCUUCAGGAAACGUCUACCUUUGCUCCCACUCCGUGUCCUCCCUCUCAAAUACUGAACAUAUACAUAUACUGACUAUAUGCGUCUCAGCGUGGGUCUAUGAAUCUGAAACAGGAGAUGAGACACCAGUUGACCUUUCUUACCUGGUAAAUCGCCUUGAAAUGGUCAUUCCGGGCAUGGGUGUGCACCAGACGUUCCUAGGAGACCCUCUGGCCGUUCUACACCUCACUCACCAAAAGAUCACAAACGUUCUGGCAGACCGGGGUAUCGAUCGCAGGAAUGUC